AUGAAAGGACUCUUGAAAGGCCUGCGUUACAUUUCUCAAAUAUUUGUUGAAGAAAAAGAAGAAGAAAUUCAGAUUGGGCUUCCCACGGAUGUGAAGCAUGUUGCUCACAUUGGAUCUGAUGGUCCAUCCAGCACCCAACCUACCUGGAUGAAUGAAUUUAGCUCAGCUCCAUCAAAUGAUGCACCAUCUCCAGUACAAGGUAUUAAUGCCCACGAAGAAACAUCGGAGUCUCCAACUCGACGUAAUUCCUCCACAAAGAAGCAUUCGAGACGACGCCCCUCAUCAGAGGGAGUGUCCGCGGAUUCCCCAGCCCGAGAUCCGAAUGCAAAGCCAAGGCGUCACAAGAACUCGAAUGGGGAAUCCCCGGCACGUGAAUCAUCAAACCAAAAGAAUGAGACCACAUCUAGUAGAGUACCUAAACACAGAAAGAAAUCAAAGGAGGGACCAGAUAAACUGCCACGACCAAAAGACAACGCUGCCAUCACUUUGGAUGCCGUUGAAGAAAGGGAUGAACGUGGUUUGUAG